GGAACCAUUCAGGUAUCGUACGUUAAGUUUAGUUGAGAUUACUUGAUCCUCAUUUGUUCCGAGCCAUAUAUUGAAUUGAACUAAACUGAACUACUUAAUCCUCUUAUUUGUAUCUACGUUCUUAGGCUUUCAGUUUUCGUGUUCUUCGAUUUUACGCUCGGCAAUUCAUCGGUAACAAUAAUCAUCAGACCACUUUGCUCAGUGAAUCAACGAUGUAACAGGUCUUCUUUUUACCGUAUCUUACCGGUGCAUCGUUCGGAAGACUCACUCCUACGUUACAUGGUGGCACGUGCAAAUGGCUGUGAUACGAUAUUGUACUUUAACCUGACGAACGUGAGAUAUAAUUGAGAACUUUUAGUAACAGUAAAUAUUAUGUCAGCAUUGUUGCCUCUGCAGAUUGAGUUACAGAAUAGACCAGGACAGGAUUAUCUUCCCGCUCGCACGGACAAGUGCAUAGACGAACAACUAUAUUGGGUGGAUCGAGAAAACAUCUUCCGGUAUUCCUGACUCAAGGAACAAGCGUGCCCUCUCUCGCAAGGACUCAUCGAAAUAAAAAAUGGAGGAUCACAAUGUGUAUUACAUACAACACAUGGAUAACAUGGAAAGCCAAGCUGAUAAUUCAAAUCCAAAUCAAGUACCUAAGAUACGAUUGAUAUCGCAAUCUGCAAGCGCUCGACCAAGUAUUUUACAAUCUGCGCGUACUCAACGUUCGGCAAACGUUCAACCUGCAAGUACUUUACAGUUUAUAAACACCCAUAAACAAUCAGCAAGUACUCAACAAUUAGUGAGUGUUCAACAGCCAUCACUGCCGAUCAACAGCCAGUCUGUAAACAUUCAAGAGUUUGCAAAUACUUCGCAACAUAUAGAAAUUCAACAAUUCAAAAAUAUAAAACAGCCUGUGAGCACUCCACAACCUUUAAGUGCUUUACCUAUCACUAUUGCACAGUCCUCAAACAUUGCACAAUCUUCGAAUGCUCAAAACUCGACGAGAGAUCGAGUCAUCGUAGGAAACGUGAUACCAGUACCACAAGCACAACUAAGAAAACUUGUCUUGGAGAAGAAACUCAAGCAGGAUGGUAUGGGGCUUCUGAAAGUGAAUUUGCAGAAUAAUAAACGUGUUAAGUUUGUCUACAAAGCGCAUGUUUUACAAAGCUUAAAUCAACGUCCUGGGCAACCAAUGAAUAUGCCCGGCAUGCAAAACAAAAUGCCUGGUAUGGGCAUGAUGCCGACACAAAGUGGCGGCCCAAUGAGCCACAUGGGUCCUAUCCAAACUAUGCAGAACAACUCAAUGCUAACUCAGAUGAACCAAAUGGGACAGGGAAAUAUUCCUCAACAGAUGAACCAAAUGGUGCCGGGACAGAUGGGCCAAUUAGCCACUGGACAGAUGCAACAAAACAUGCAAUCGCAAAUGCAAAAUCAGCUGCCGAGUCAGAUGAGUAGUCAAAUAGGAGGUCCAAUAGGUGGUAUACAGACUAAUAUGCCACAGCAAAUGAAUCAAAUUGGCCCUGGACAAUUGGGGCCUGGUCAGAUGCAACAACAGCUGAAUCACAUGCAAAGAAAACCAAGUGAAAUGAUGAAUACUGGAUUUUCUGGUCCGCGUAAUGUUACACCUAAUCAGUUUCUGAGACAAAGUCCGUCUCCUUCUGUUCCGAGCCCAGCUGGUUUAGGGGCACCAUCAAACAAUCAGAUGGUAGCAUCUCCCGCAUUAGUACCAUCACCAAGCCCGCAGCAUGGCAUUAUGAGUGGGCCGUCUCGUUCCGUGAAUUCCGUAGGUAUGGCACCGUCGCCAAGCAGUUCGCUGAAUACUCCUGGAGGUGUAGGCGCUACACCAAGUCCUCAGCAGGAAGAUCAGGCUUACAGAGAUAAAGUUAGACAGUUAAGCAAGUACAUAGAGCCGUUACGAAAAAUGAUUGCUAGGAUGGGCAGCGAAGGAAAUGUCGACAAACUCAGCAAGAUGAAGAAGCUCUUAGAAAUUUUAUCGAAUCCUAGUAAACGCAUGCCGCUGGAUACGUUACUAAAAUGCGAAGUCGUUCUGGAAAAAUUAGACUUCAAGAGAGGAGACGGCAGCGUCGGGCCACCGGUAACUACGCUAAAGGAACAUCAGAUCUUCAGUCCGCUGUUAGAAGCGGUGAGUGCGCACCUCCAGAGCCCAAUGAUCAAUCAUACAUUGCAACGUACGUUUGGACCAUACCUGAAUGCCUUGUUUGGACCCGAAAUAAAAAAUUUGCCACCGCCGUUGAAGAAGCAGAAAGUCGAAGAGCCACCAAGUGAGAUACCGGACGUACUGCAAGGGGAGAUAGCCAGAUUGGACCAACGAUUUAAGGUCAGUCUAGACCCAGCGCAGCAGAACGGUUCGAAAUGCAUCCAACUAAUAUGCUGGCUCGACGAUCGUCAUCUUCCGUGCGUCCCGCCAGUCUCGGUUACAGUUCCUGCGGAUUAUCCUUUAACACCGCCUCGUUGCGUCAUGGCACCGCACGAAUACGAAGCGACGCCAUUUCUCUGCGCCGUUCAAAAAGCUCUGAACGCGCGUAUCGCAAAGCUUCCACGUCGUUUCUCACUUUCGCAAUUAUUGGACACGUGGGAAAUGAGCGUGAGACAAGCUAGCGCACCGACGCAGGUAAACGUGACUGCUAGUACAGUAUUAAUGGGUUUGUAGCAUCUCUGAAAAGAAUUCCCAUUAGUAUUAUAUCCAAUGAAAUUAAUUCUAGAUUUAUUUCAAUUUUCU